AUGGGCAUCCUUGUCUUUACGCCGGCGCUGAAGUCAAAGGCUCAGGAUCGGAUUAUUCACCACGUGCCUGACCGAGAGGUACCUUUGUACCGAAGAAAUACUACUUCUCAAACUUUCUCCGAAGACACGUAUGCUUCGGACUCCCCAAAGCCUCCGAGAAAUUCUAUACAUGAAGAUCGAGAAUUCAGUGAAACGGACGCCGGUGAUGCUAAGACCUAUUCAGGAAACGAAUUUCACAAGUUAGUUUACAAGUUCCAAGGUGACAGUUAUGUGGAUCAAAGCGGAUAUGAACCCAUGAAUGCUGGAAUUGACUCUUUCGACAUGGAGUAUUUAGAGAUCCAAGAUCCAGCCGACUUAUCCAAUUGUGCAGAUAAUGCAUACAAUUCCUUUUGCGCACACCCUACCUCAAUUUCUAGCAACACCUAUGAUGAAACUGAAGCUACAAAGUCGAAUGUGACUUCAUCGCUCCGCCGAACGGAGCGUCCCUACUACACAGAAUUACUUAAACCUUCCCAAUCCAGUCGCCUUCGAGCUCCGUUCGAAGCGCUUGAUGUUCACGAGAGUCCCUAUGUUGUGGUGAACGUCAUUCCCGAAUGUGAAAGAAAAAAUAUUCUGCUCAGAAACCGUCCCAUCAACAUUAUUCUUUUGAGCCUAAUUUUUGUGGUUCAUUCUUUUCCGCUCAGCCUAAUGCUACUGGUCUGCACUUACUUGCGUACAUGCUGUUUGGGGAGUAGUUCACAGAUAUCCUCUGCUCUCGUUUACAAUACCAGCACCCUGGCAGAGAUCAUUAAACUUCAAUCGAAACACAAUUGCAGAUUCGACAACCUCACAACAAGUGGCUUAUCGACUUCAGGGUCCGGGGGUCUGCAGAACUGCCUUAACAUUUAUCUGCGUUACAUCAAAACUCUGGACAUCUUCGCCCAGACUUUAUCGCUAACUUUGCUGUUCGUGAGUGCAAGCAUCCUACCACACGUCCUUAUGCCGUGCGCAAGCCAAUGGCGUUCGGUGGGAGUGCAGACCCUACCAAGAGCCCAGUGGUGGUUUGGUGUGGGACAGCCUGCAAACGUUCGGUACGCCAAGAUCCAGUGCACUCUCGAGCUGGAGGAACGAAUGAGACUGCAAAGUAAUUUGUGGAUAAAAAGGUACGCACAACUUUUCAGUGAACAUGAUGAUGCCAACUUUGAUGACGAUUACAGCUAG